AAUGCUUUGCCUUCAAAGGCAUUCUCUCUAUGCUGGGACAGCAUUGAGCUGCACAGGCCUGGAACCUGCUCCCUGACCCUCCAAAACUGCAUGGUGGUCUUUUAGACUGGGCCUACAGGACAUGUUCUGAGGCUAGAUAUCUCUACUUGGGAUGCCAUUACGCCACACUGUAUGCACCAGGACAAGGCACAGCCUGGGCAGGGAUCUUGGAGGGGCCACGGCAGACAGGCUGACUUGAUCUCCUGCUCUACUGCCUACUUCUCCCUGCAGGUGAUCUCUGCGCGCAGAGCCUUCCGCGUGUCGCCGCCGCUCACCACCGGACCGCCCGAGUUCGAGCGCGUCUACCGAGCCCAAGUGAACUGCAGCGAGUACUUCCCGCUGUUCCUCGCCACGCUCUGGGUCGCCGGCAUAUUCUUUCACGAAGGUGCGGCGGCCCUGUGCGGUCUGGUCUACCUUUUCGCGCGUUUCCGCUACUUUCAGGGCUACGCGCGCUCAGCGCAGCAAAGGCUGGCUCCUCUGUACGCGAGCGCGCGCGCGCUCUGGCUGCUCGUGGCGCUGGCGGCGCUCGGCCUGCUAGUCCACUUUCUCCCGGCCGGGCUGCGCGCCUCGCUUCUCGGACCGUUCCGGACGCUGCUGCCCAGGGCUUGAGAUGGAGGACGCCAGGUCGACGGAGCGGGAGAAGAGCCGGAGCUUCCGGGGAGGACAAGGGAGGGGGUGCUUGCUUUAGCCCAGUCUCCAAUUAAAGUGCCGGUGACCAGA